AUGAGCCGCCGCACAUUUGAAGGCCCCAUGGAAUGGGAAUACCAGAACCAAGGUCCCGUCGAUGUCACGAGUCCCUUUGCUCAGAUCUCGCAGCGGAGCCAAAUGUCUUCCUUCAACGACGCCUCGCCAUCCAAAUUCAAGUCCGGCCCGAACCCUUUCGCCAGAGUCCCUCUAUCAGCCACCUCACCCGCUAAGCUGCCUACGCAGCAACCCGCUCCGCCCAACGCGUCCAUCUUCAACCCCCAGAUCUCCAAGCAGUUCAGCGCGCCUCCCUUCCGCAACCCCGCCUUCACCACACCCCAGAAGCGCUUCGACGACAGCGUGUUCUCAGAAGCUUCUGGCGCCGAGGACAGCCCUGCGCUGACCGACGGGUCCCCGAUGCCCGAGGACACCCCCGAUAGGGACCAGGACGACGAGUUCGCCAAGAUGACCAUCACGCCUGGCAACGCGAAUCGGAAGCUGUUUGGCGGCAAGUCUUCUUCGGCAUUCAGGAGCAGGACACCGGGCAGGGGAGAGGUGCCGCGGGGCAAGUACGACCCUCUCCAGCGGGACAAGGUGCGGAAGCGCAAGCGUCAACACGGCGACAGGGACGUCGGCAGCGUCCGGUCCCGGCUGCCGCACGACUCGGACGACUCGGACAGCGACUGGGAGGAGGGCUCGGGCUCGAGGCGGGGUCGCGGCAAGAACAACCACGGCCCGGGCUUCCUCGACAACGUCCUGUCGGCCAUCCGCAACAACCCGAGCGUGCCGCUGAUCCUGUCGUGGUGGGUGCAGCUGGCCAUCAACGUCUUCAUCGUGUGGAUCUGCGUGUGGGGCAUCUGGAGCUUCAUCUCGAUGAUGCGGGCGGACCUGGCGCACGCGACCCACGGGGAGCGCCUCCAGCUGCUGUCCGAGAUUGCGGCGUGCAGGGCAGAGUGGGAAGCCAACAGGUGCGAACCCGGCACCCGGCUGCGGGGGCUGGAGGAGCAGUGCAACGCGUGGGGGCUCUGCAUGUCGCAGGACCCGGAGAAGGUCAUGAAGGUGCGGGUGUCGGCCAGGAACGUGGCCGAGGUGAUCAACGAAUUUGUCGGUGUCAUGAGCUUCAAGGCCUGGGGCUUCAUGAUGUCGGCACUGCUCAUCGCCGUGCUGGCCAACAAUAUUGGCUUUGGCCGCUUCCGCGACAGCACCAUUGCCCAGCAGCAGCAGCAGCAGAACGGCGGCAAUAACAUUGGCGCAGCAGCGGCUGUCUCGUAUCCAUCACAGCCGGCGGGCCCGCCGAUGCUGUCGGGCCCCCAGGACCCGAACCAGGCGUACAUCUGGGCGCCGAUCCAGACGCCCCGACACCUGCGGCGGGGCCUGUUUGCUCCUCCCGACAGUCCCGGCGCUACGGACACGGACGCGUCGCCGGAGCCGAUCAAGGCCAUCAUGCCGCCGCCGGAGACCCCUUCGCGCCGGAGCCCGAGCAAGGGCGAGCGGGGUAGGAGCCCGACCAAGUACGGCCGGAGCCCGAGCAAAGGUUACUAG